GACGCGACGCCGACAACGCGUCACUUACCCGCGACGAGCCUGCGAAGAGAUGGCUUCGGUUCAGAAGGGGAAGAAGGUGGUCAAUCAAGAGGAUUUGCGGCGGUUUAUGAAGGAGAAGAAACUAUCGAGCGAGCGACAGAAACGCGUCGAAUCGCCGCACGCCAAAUACAACAGUGUGGGUCAGCUGAGCUGCGCGCUGUGCAACGCGCCGGUGAGGAGCGCGCUCCUGUGGCAGACACACAUCCUCGGGAAACAGCACAAAGAUAAAGUGAACCAGCUGAAGAACAGAGACAGCGCUGGAACCCCUGCAGCGUCUUCAUCAUCAUCAUCAUCAUCAGCGCUGAAGAGGCCCGCGCCGGACCCCGCGUCUACAUCCGGGAAACGCGCGAAGCUUCCGCUCACCGGAGGCGCAGGUGCCGCAGGAGGACCGGUCUCAUCUUCAGGUCAGUCUGUGGGUCUGGGGCUCCUCGCUGGACUCUACGGUGGUGAUGAUGAUGAAGAAGAAGAGGUCCCGGCCGCUGCUCUCCCGGUGGACUUCUUCGACAGCAGCGUGGGCUCGGGCCCGCCGGCCGUGUCUCACUCCGGCUCAGUGUCUAAACCAGACGACGGCGAGGAGAGCGCGGUGGAGAGGAAGGAGCCCGCGGCCGAGGCCCUGCCCGAGGGCUUCUUCGACGACCCGGUGCGUGAUGCUAAAGUGCGUAACGUGGACACGCCGCGGGACCAGAUGGACAAGGAGUGGGAGGAGUUCCAGAAGGAGAUGCGGCAGGUGAACAGUGCGUCUGACGCCAUCGUGGCCGAGGAUGAUGAGGAGGGACGUCUGGAGCGGCAGAUCGACGAGAUCGACGAGCAGAUCGAGUGCUUCCGGCGCGUGGAGCUGCUGCGCUCCAGACAGGAAGUGAAGAGUGCGGCGGCGCGAGAGAGACGCCAGAGAGCCAAGGCGGAGGAAGAGGAGGAUAAUGAUGAGGAGGAGGAGGAGGAUGAGGAAGAGCUGAUGCAGGUGCUGACGCAGGACUGGAGGGCCAAAGGUGCUCUCGCUUAACUCUGAUGACAAACACCUGCACUCUUCCUCCCAUGGUUCCUGUUUUUUUGCUGUCAUUUCUGUACAGAGAUUUAUUAAAUCAGAAUGCAUUGUGAAGUUUUUCUAAAGCACAUGCAGUUCGUCUGUAGUUCUGAG